AUGAUUGACGAUUUCAGCUCGUACGACAUGAGUGACAUCAUUCCCCCGCUGGAAGGGCUCCCGUCCAUCAUCCGGCUCUCGUCCUUCUUCGGAGACGCGCCGUCCUUCCUGUCGACGGGGGCGACGGACGGCAGCGAGGGCAAGCCGGGGGAGAUGGAAAAGGGGGACAAGAGCCCGAGGGGGCGCAAAGACAGCGUUAUGAUGGAGGUGUACGGGUCGGGAUCCGGGUCGUCGGCGUCGGCGUCGGCGUCUUCGGUGGCGUCGUGCAAGAAGCCCGUGGUGACGGUCCGGAAGCGGGUCCUUGGCGUCGACGAGAAGGGAGAGAGCAGCCGCUCGGCGGAAGGAGUCCUCAGCCCUUGGGACGGCAGCAAGGACGACGAGCACAAGAUCAAGGACAAAGACAGCGACGACGACACAAGGGAGAAGGCCCCGGGCUCUGCAGCACCCCGGCGCAGCCGCUUCGUCGAGGACCUCGAGGGCCUGCGGGCCGAGGUGGUAGGCAGGACACCCGCCGAGAUGUGCCAGCAGAUCUGCCUGCCCGAAGCGGCGGGAAUGGCUGCCAAAGGCGCCGGGUCGGUCAAGCUGUGUUUCCCGCCCGACGUCGCUAUCCCCGUCCCGCCGCCGAAGAAGGAGCUGCUGCAGCCGGCUCUCAAAGAGGGCCGUCCGCCACCGUCCACGACAUCGUCUCCCGGGCGGUUGUGCCACCAUGACGGCGCAUGUGUACGGAAGAAGGGGCGGCGCAGGAGGAAAUUUGCCCGGGCCGUCGUGCGGCUAGCCACGAAGCCGGCUCGGUGGCGCAGGGAGGACAAGGGGAAGAGGCGGGCCGCGUGCGAGGUCUGCGGCGACGACACGCCGCCGGACCUGCGGAGCGGCUGGGAGCAGGGGCAGGACGGGGUCGCUCCGGGGUCCGACGGCGAUUCGGGCGCCGCGGACGAGAUCGCCGAGUUGCUGAGCCUGCUGUACGACAAGGACGAGACCGAGAGCAGCUGGCGGUGUAGUGGCUGCGGCCAGAAGGUCGGCGAGGAGCUGAUGUGGGAGGGGGACGAGGACGCUCGGAUGAAGAAGACCGACGGGACCACACCCGGCUUGAAGGAGGAGACGGUGAACCAGGACUCUGAAAAUGUUGCAGCUGGUCUCAUGGAGAUGCCGGAGGCCUGGUGGGCAAGACAUUUUCGGCUGUAA